AAACUCACGUAUGUUGAGGUAAAACUAUAUCAUUUAACUACUUCAAUUUUAAACCGAACUAAGUCUUGUAUUUAGUAAACCAUAUGGAUAUGUGUAACUUCAUAAUUUAAUUAUCAAAGUGAUUUCAAGGAUUUAGAGGUGCCAUUGAAGCUGCGCAAUGAAGUUUCUUACAUUGACAGUGCUGCUUAGUUUAAGUAUUAGUGCAGCAUAUGGCAGCCCUGAUUCCGACUUCCAGAAGGUUAUCGAUGACUAUUGGGAGUGGCGACUGAUGGAGGCCCCAGAAUUCGCAUCCAGUAUUGAUGUGCACACUUACGAUGACCGCGUGGAGCAAUUUGGAUUGGAUGAUUUGGAUAGAAGAUUUAAUGAAGCAAAAAAGUUUUUGAGCCAACUGUCCACGGUUCCUAGAGACCAACUCCCGAGUGAACGACAGGUCAGCUAUGACAUUCUGAAUGACACCCUUGAAGUAUUCACUGCAGGGCAUAAAUGGAAAAAUUAUGGUCAGAUGAACCCAGUGAACUUCCUGGAAGGCAUGUGGACAGACAUAAGCUAUUUUGUGCCGACAAAAUUCUCAACAUACGAGGACUUUGUCAACUACUAUACCAGGGUUUACGGCUGGGGCGAUCAGGCUCUGAACUACAUCAGAAGAAUGAGAGUGGCCAUAUCUGAGGGAACAACAAACCACUGGGUGUCUAUGAACGCUUCCAUUGGACAAAUCGAGGCUCUCAUCGGCUCGUCCAAUACAAACUGUCCAUUGUAUGCCCCUUUUAAUGAAACCCUUGACAAUGUUACAAUACCAGAGAGUAAUAAAACAAAUCUCAGAACCGCAGCUGAAUCAGUUUUUACAGUGUUUCGUGAUAACUUCACUGCACUCAAGACGUUCAUUGAGACGGAGUACAAAAAUGCUUCUCGGACAGAAUACGGCGUAAGCUCGCUGCCCAAUGGGGAGGACUACUACCGUGCUUGUCUACGGUGGCACUUGUCCACGGACAUUACCCCAGAAGAAGUACACACCCUUGGAGUUCAAGAAGUGGCUAGGAUACAUGGACAGAUGAUGCAGGUUAUGGCUAAACUGAAGUUCACGGGAACUGUGAAGGAAUUUUUCCACAUGCUUAACAACAACAGUACAUUUAUUAUACAAUCAAAGGAGGAAACCAUAAAAAAAUAUGAAGAGAUCAUACACGUUCGUAUUAAACCUCAACUGGCAAAGUUGUUCAAAAAUAUUCCAAACAAUCCUGUCCAGGUGAAGGAAAUGCCCUUUGAUGGUCCAGGAGGGAUGUAUUUUUCUGGUUCACCAGACGGGACCCGUCCUGGUGUCUUUUACGCCAACGUCAUGAAACCAGCAAACAACCCGACGUACAGCAUGGUAGCCCUCGCCUUGCACGAGGCAGACCCUGGCCACCACUUGCAGGAUAUCUACACCCAGGUUUCAACAGGGGUUGCUAAUUUUCAGAGGUUUACCGACUACAGCAAAUAUUUCUCAGUGCCUUACCAUUUCCCGUUUUACACAGCAAAUAGUGAGGGUUGGGGAUUAUACUCGGAAUCACUGGGAGAAAAGGACUACCUCGAUGUCUAUAAUGACGAAUAUGAACUGAUGGGACGCUACAGCUUCGAAAUAUUCCGUGCCUGUCGCCUGGUUGUGGACACAGGACUACAUUAUUUUAAUUGGACAAGAGACGAUGCCAUUGAAUAUGUACUAAACUACACGUCCUUAUCCCGGUCGUCAACAGAGACAGAGAUUGACCGUUAUAUCACCUGGCCUGGACAAGCCACGGCGUACAAGAUUGGUGAAAUCAAAAUAAGGCAACUAAGGCAACGAGCGAUGGAUGAACUUGGUUCAUUGUUUGAUAUUCGAGAUUUUCACUCUAUUUUCUUGGACUACGGGAUUGCGCCUCUGUCUGUCAUAGAGCGACUGGUGGAACAAUGGAUUCGAAAAGAAAAAGAAUCGGAUUCAUUUGAGAAGAUCUCGAGCGAGUUCUGGGACUGGAGAAUGUCUCAGUCACGUGAAUUCUCCUCCUCACUCGGCGUGUACAAGUUCAACGACAUUCUCGACUCGUAUGCAUAUGCUAAGUUCGAUGAAAACAAGAAGACAGCGGAUGACUUUUUGAAAAGGUUAUCGUGGAUAGAUGGAAACAGAUUCACUGGAGAAAAGAAAAUUUCCUUUGAUGUCUUGACAAAUAUUCUUGAGACUUUCGUAGCAGGCUACAAAUGGAAAGACUAUCAACCCCUCAACCCGAUCAAUUUUCAAGAGCUUUGGUUUGCUGGACUAGAUUUGUUUGUCGAUGGUAAUGUUUUUGAUACGGAAGGAGACUUCACAAACUAUGUCAGAAGACUGGAACUUGCACCUAUGCAGCUAGACGAGAUGAUCGAGCUGAGCAAGAUGGCAAUUAAAAAUGGCAAUACAAACCAUAACGCGUCUGUGUCUCGCGUUCCUAAAAACAUCGAUGAGAUGGUUGUUUCACCAAAUAAAUCCGCUCUGUACCAGCCAUUUCUUGACUCAGCAGAAAGAAUAUUUGGUAACAGGGCAGACGCUUUUGAAAAUCGGUUAAUAGCUGCUAUAAAAUCUUUAAACAACAAAUUGCUUGAAGUGAAACAAUUUUUGAUCGAUGAAUAUAUGCCAGCGACACGCCCCGGCCUGGGAAUAGGGAGUCUUCCAAAUGGCAAGGAAAACUACCAGGCGUGUUUGUAUUUCCAUUCGUCUGUCAAUAUGACAGCUGAAGAGGUUCAUAACAAAGGAUUGGAAGAGGUGACGAGGAUUGAAAAACUCAUAAGACAGAAAAUGGCUAACGUUGGCUUUCCGGAAAGCACGAGUAUAAAGGACAUGUAUGCAAAUCUUACAAACGAUCCAAAGUUUAUCCUGCCAUCGAAAGCUGAGAUAUUGGCAAGAUUUAACGAGCUCAUACACGGUAGGAUCGAACCUCUGAUACCGAAAUAUUUCAAACAUGCUCCUUCUCUUCCUCUUGAAGUGCGGGGAAGCAGUACGGACGGAACCAACGGGGAGUACUGGGUGGGGACACCGGAUGGAUCCCGUCCUGGAUACUUCAUGAUCAACCUUUUUAGUCUCGAAAACAAUCCAACGUUCAAGAUGGUUUCCCUGAGUCUUCACGAGGCUCUUCCAGGACACCAUCUAGCUGAAAGUUACGGAAUUCUCGCCGAUAUUCCUAAAUACAUGCAGAAUUUUGAAUGGAUCAGCUACAGUGCUCCAUACUUCUUUCCCUUUUACAACUCAUUUGCCGAGGGCUGGGCGCUUUACGCUGAAUAUUUGGGUGAAGAAAUGGGAAUAUACCAAAACGACUACGAAAUGAUGGGACGCUACAGCUACGAAAUAUUUCGGGCCUGCCGCCUGGUUGUGGACACAGGACUACAUUAUUUUAAUUGGACAAGAGACGAUGCCAUUGAAUAUGUACUGAACUACACGUCCUUAUCCCGGUCGUCAACAGAGACAGAGAUUGACCGUUAUAUCACCUUGCCUGGACAAGCCACGGCCUACAAGAUUGGUGAAAUCAAAAUAAAGGAAUUACGAAAACGAGCGAUUGAUGAACUUGGUUCAUUGUUUGAUAUUCAAGAUUUUCACUCCAUUUUCUUGGACUUCGGUGCUGCACCUCUGUCUGUCGUAGAGCGACUGGUCGAACAGUGGAUUAAAAACGUAAAAGAAUCAGACUCAUUUGAGAAUAUCUCGAGCGAGUUCUGGGACUGGAGAAUGUCUCAGUCACGUGAAUAUUCCACCACCACCGGCAUGUACAAGUUCAAUGACAUUCUCGAUUCGUAUGCAUAUUCUAAGUUUGAUGAUAACAAGAGGACAGCGGAUGACUUUUUGAAAAGAUUAUCGUGGAUAGACGGAAACAGCUUUACAGGAGAAAAGAAAAUUUCUUUUGAUGUGUUGACAAAUACUCUGAAAACUUUCGUAGCAGGCUACAAAUGGAAAGACUAUCAAGCCCUCAACCCGAUCAAUUUUCAAGAGCUUUGGUUUGCUGGACUAGAUUUGUUUGUCGAUAGAAAUGUUUUUGAUACGGAAGGAGAUUUCACAAACUAUGUCAGAAGACUGGAACUUGCACCAAAGCAGCUAGAUGAGAUGAUCGAGCUGAGCAAGAGGGCAAUUGCAAAUGGCAAUACAAACCAUAACGCUUCUGUGUCUCGUGUUCCUGAAAACAUCGAUGCGCUGGUUGUUUCACCAAAGGAAUCCGCUCUGUACAAGCCAUUCAAUGAAUCAGCUGAGAGAAUAUUUGGCAACAGAACGAACACAAUUGAAAAACGGCUCAUUGAUGCUAUUGAAUCUUUAAACAACAAAUUGCUUGAAGUGAAACAAUUCUUGAUCGAUGAAUAUAUGCCAGCGACACGCUCCGGCCUGGGAAUAGGGAGUCUUCCAAACGGCAAGGAAAACUACCAGGCGUGUUUGUAUUUCCAUUCGUCAGUUAAUAUGACCGCUGAAGAGGUCCAUAACAAAGGAUUGGAAGAGGUGGCGAGGAUUGAAAAACUCAUAAGACAGAAAAUGGCUAACGUUGGUUUUCCGGAAAGCACGAGUAUAAAGGACAUGUAUGCAAAUCUAACAAACGAUCCAAAGUUUAUCCUGCCAUCGACAGCAGAGGUAUUGGCAAGAUUUAACGAGCUCAUACAUGGUAGGAUCGAACCUUUGAUUCCGAAAUAUUUCAAACAAGCUCCUUCUCUUCCUCUUGUAGUCCGUGGGAGCAGCACGGACGGAACUUCCGGGGAAUACAGGGUUGGGACACCGGAUGGGUCCCGCCCUGGAGUCUUCAUAGUCAAUCUUUUCUACCCAGAAUACAAUCCGACAUUCAAAAUGGUUUCCUUCAGUCUCCACGAGGCUAUUCCAGGGCACCAUUUAGCUGAAAGUUAUGGAAUCCUCGCCGAUAUUCCUAAAUACAUGCAAAACUUUGAAUGGAUCAGCUACAGUGCUCCAUAUUUCUUCCCCUUCUUCAACUCAUUCUCCGAGGGCUGGGCACUAUAUGCUGAAUAUUUAGGUGAGGAAAUGGGCAUAUACCAAAACGACUACGAAAUGCUGGGCCGUUACAGCGACGAAAUGCUUCGGUCAGUUCGCCUUGUGAUCGACACGGGUAUUCACCAUUACGGAUGGUCUAGAGAUCAAGCAAUAAACUACAUGCUUAACUACACUGCAAAGACUCCUCGUUCUGCAGCAACACAGAUAGACCGAUACUCUAACUGGCCAGGCCAGGCCGUUGGAUACAAGAUAGGUGAACUGAAGAUCAAGGAGCUUAGACAAAGAGCAACAACAGCUCUCGGGGACAAGUUCGACCUUGCCGAAUUCCACUAUACGGUAUUGAGGUACGGGGCUUUACCAUUGGACAUUCUUGAAAACGUGAUUGACAGUUGGAUAGCCGAUCAAAAGCAGAAUAGUACAACGCCUGACUGCAAAAACCCAGUUAGCGGCGUCACCAGGAACAUUCCAUGUCCAUGGGCCGUGGUACUGUUCAUCCUAGUAAUGCUAAAUAUGUAGUAAUAUCUCGAGGCAAUUAUGCUGCUUAGUAAUAAUAUUACGCCAAAUAAUAAGUCCUAUUUGCAAAUGUCUUUUCCGCAAAUAUAUAAAGAGGCAUUUUCUUAUUCUAUGUGCUGUGAUCUAAGUGGAUUAAACUUGUAUAUAAUCAGUGCCUUAUGCAAAUGUCUUUUCCACAAAAAUAUAAAAUGACAUGUUUUUUCUUGUUCUGUGUGCUUUAAACCAAGGUUAUUAAACUUGUAUAUAAUCUGUGCCUUAUGCAAAUGUCUUUUCCACAAGUAUAUAAUGUGACAUGUUUUCUUAUUCUGUGUGCCUUAUUAAACUGUCCUUUUCAAAAACAUAUUACAUGCCAUCUUUGUUAUUUCAAGCGUAUUAAACUUGUACAAUAUCAGUGCCGUAUGGAAAUGCCCUUUCCACUAAAAUAUCAUGUGACAUAUUUCUUAUUCAGUGUGCUGUAAACAAAGUGUAUAAAAAUUGUAUAUAUUGAUAAUAAAUUCCAUAUUCAA